GCGGGCGAUGUGUACGGACGAUCGAUGCCCGGCGGGGAUGCGGGCGAUGCGUACGGACGAUCGAUGCCCGGCGGGGAUGCGGGCAAUUCGUACGGACGACAGACGCGCUCUUCUAGGUCCGGUGCUGCGGUGCACGCGGCCCCGCCCACACUGCCGUACGUUCCUCCUCCCACCGUGUCGCCGCGCUCCGAGGCACAGUAUAAUAGCGGUAUGAUGAGAGACAGCCAGGAGCCUAUAUAGAUGACAUGAUAGAGAGGCGUUCUCAUGGCAACGGCAGCAGCAGGCGUAGAGAGUGCAGCGCCACCUAUGCAGCCCCAACAACAGCCUGAAGCCGAAAGUCGGUUGUCUGAACCGUCUCAGGAAAAAGUGGUUGAGCCCGCAUCGGAUAUCCUAACACUGAAGAAACAGGUCGUAGAGCUGAGUGAGGAGAACCUGCGUCUCGGCAGGGAGCUGGCAGACAUGCAGCAGCAGCUGCGUGAGCAGAGCGACAAGUACGCUACCCUGCAGACGACACACGAAGGUCAGCUGGAGGACAUGCGCAAGGCCGGCCACAGCGCACUCGCCAUGGUCGUCGAAGAGUACAAGGAGCUGUGCAAGACAUCAGUAACUCAGAUGCAGGAAGCGACGAUGCAGAAAGCGAAGGACAUCCUAGCAGAGGAAGCAGUUCUCUUGCACCAAGCUAUCGACGCACAGCAAAACAACUUGAAGGUAGAUCUAGAAGAGGACCGCAACAAGAAUGAGGAGAGAUUGAAAGAGGCUCUGGAGUCUUCUAGGAAAGAGCAACAGGAAAAAUUUUCAGCCGACAUGGACAAGGAGAAGGAUAAGCGCUGGGAGGCAAUCAGCAAGGCGCUUAUGGAGGAGCGGGAUAACAGCAGGAGAGCCGUGGAGACAGUGGCGCAGGAGGAGAGAAGCAGGAGCAUCCAGAUGGUGGAGAGUGAAAGGGAGAAGUUGUUGCAGAUUUGUGAAGAGGAGAGGUGGAAGUCGGAGAGAGCACUAGAGGAUGCAAUGCUGGACGAACGCAAGAGAAGUCGGAGAGCUUUAGAGAAGGCAGUGCUGGAAGAAAGGAAAAGAGGUAGAGAAGCAGUCCAAGACGCUCUCCGCUCUGUCAGAAAAAAUAUCCACGUGUACAUCAAGGAACAAAGAAAGGCGGAUGCAUUGCUACGUCAGCGCAACCUGGUGGCUCUGGAUGUCUUCCUAGAGGGUGCCAAACAACAGAUGCAGGUUCUCAGUUUAGAGGUGAAAUCAUACACAGAGCAAGAUCAAGAGAUCGAACUUCUGAGAGCAGAAAUUGCAGAACUCGAGCAAGAAGGCAAUGAUGACAUCCAGGCUGAUUCUGAUAGUGAAGGUGAGAUAGAAGACAAGAAAAAACUUGAAGAGAGGCGGCUGGAAAGAGAGCUCAUAAUCGAAAAGAGAGAGAAAGAAAGAGCUUCUCCAUCAAAAGAUGCCAGCAACAAAGCAAGUGGAAAGAAAUCUCCAUCGAAAGAGAAAUCUCCAUCGAAAGAGAAAUCACUUUUGUCAGAAAGCAAGGAUGUAGAGGAGAAAGAAGGCUCGCCAACAUCAAAGACAAAAACUGAAGGGUCUCCCGAGAAGUACCAGACAACGUUGUCAGUCACAAUGGAACAGAAACCGAAGAGUGAAGUAGAUGCAGAGAAGUCAGCAGAAACAAAGACAUCUCAGGCGACUACAGAAAAAACCACCGUAACCAAAACCACUUUCGUGAAAACCGUAGCUGUUGGUGCAAAAAAUGAGGUUAAAAAAGAGGCGAGUAAAGUCGUUGAGGAUGACGACAGUGAAGGUGAAUCGUCCGAAAGCAGUUCAGAUGGUUAAAUUUCCCGGGGUUAAUUACAAAAGGAGUGCGGGCAUAUAGAUAAAUGUACUGAUAUAGCAUAGCAGUAAGAGGUUCUAUAUCAAACUCCACUACACAUUGAUUAUGCAAAUCUAUCAUGAUAACCUCCGGAGUAACAUAAUAACCGAUCUGUUAUUAUCUCACUCCUGAUAACAUAUAUUUCGUGGGUGCAUGUUUGUCAUGCUACCUUUAUGUAAUGAAUUAUGCAUCCUCUCUUGCAUCUCGGUAAUCAUGAUAUACACAUAUGCAUAUCAUCAUUCUCGUGAUGCAUGUUACGUGUUAAGUUAUUGUUAUUGGCAGCAAUGUUUGCCAAUGUCGAGUGUACACCUACAAAUAGAACUAUAUUGUGUUGUCUGUAUUUUAUCAAAGUUUUAAAAUUUAUAUAAUUGUACUGACGAGAGAUGAAGAUGUCCCAUAGAUAGUACGUUCGUUCUCUGAUGUGUGAUCAUAGUUUAACUGUUAUCUGGAAAUGCAAUGAGCAUAUACUGAGUAUUUGCCCUUAAUGUGUAUGUGCUACACGUGUCACGUGUGGUGUUUAACUGCAUGGGUGCUGUCAAUGACCGGUGUCCUCUCAAAACCAGCGUGCCUUUACUGUGAGUAACUGUGUCUAUGUCUGCGUGUGCAAUUCAAUGUUAGGAGGGUAGUUGGAGAAAAACGAGAUCAACUAUUGUCAGUGAUCAAAAAAGUAUGUAGACGUAACGGCGCUGCGUUUAAAAUGUCUCGUUUUACGGUGUGAGUUUGUGCUGUGUAACUAUGCUAGGUUUAGUAUAAAACUUAUGUGGGAACGUGUUUGUGCAUGAGUUAAGUUAAUACACUGAUAUAAGGGCAUCAUGAAUCACACUUACACCUGAGGAUGCCUGCUAUGGUAACGUAGCAAUGUGCGUUCGAUAGGAGUAAGUUAGUUGAAGCACUCGUAGCAUUAAUGUGUGAAGCUAUAGCUAAAUAGCCGUCAGUACAAUGUAUGGAACACAUGUUGAUGUUUUUGUCGUUGUCAUAGAUACUUAUUAAAAUAAUACUUCAAGUCUUGUCACAGCUGCCAAGGGAAUUAGAAGGGAAAAGGCACGUGUAUAGAUUUGCAGUAGUCUUCAGUGCAGUUGGAUUUUUGUUUGUUAAAUAUAAUUUAUUAGCAAAUUAACGUUGUGUGAUGAUAUAAAGUUUUCUCUAAACAUAUAUAUAUAUAUAUUCCUACAUUAUGAUUGUUAUCAUUAUCAUGAUAGAGCAUUGUCUCCGCGUAUUGUAAAACUACAGUUUUAUUUGUCAUACAAAAUUAAACUGGAUGUGGUAUAUAUAUCAUAUAGAUCGUGAUGGGGUUUGUGCAGAAUUACUUUAGCAGCUGUUCUCUCCAAAAACUCUGAAAGAAUGAAUUAGAGUCAGUCCAGUGUGUGGCAGCUUGAAUAUUAAUCAUGCCAGUAUAUAUGUCAUAUUCCGUGUGAGCAGUAUAGUUUAAUAUUAUGUGCAUGCUGAUUACUAUAUUAGUAUUAGCUUAUGGUGCUAACACUGGAUCAAUCUGUAUUAUUGAUUGUCAGAGUAAAACAUGCGAAACUUCGUGUUCUUGAUAUUAUAAACGCGUUUUAUGGCUUGAUGUCAUCUGA